CAGUCGUUUGCCAUGCCCCUUCGCUGCCUCUAUUCCCCCCAAUUGAGUUGUGUUUUGGUUAUUAAACGCAUUGCAUCUUUCCAGCCUUCUUACGCGAGCUAUCUUACAAUUCAAUCUGCAGUUGUUCUGAGUUGACGUCACGUCAUGCCUGCGGUCUUCAAGAAUAAAACCGUGGUCCUGAGCGGCACCUUUCCAGGUUAUAAGCAGGCCGACCUAAAGAAUUUAAUUGAGACCAAUGGCGGAACAUUUAGCGCGAAGGUGACGGACGACUGCACUCAUCUUGUCUGCACCCAGAAGGAGUUCGAAAACAAUGGCACCAAAAAUAAACAGGCCUCCUCCAUCACUGGAAUCAGCAUCGUUUCAUCGGCCUGGCUAUUCGAGUCGGUUUCGUCCAAAAAAUGCAAAAAGGAAUCCGAAUAUCUCUGGUCCACGCUGAAUAAGACCCAGGCUGCUGCGACUUCCGCACCAAAUGGUACCGCUGAUGCCACGGCUGCCACUAAUCCGAGGCGUUCCGCCCGCAAUUCGCAGGCCCAAGCUCAAUCACAAACUCAACCACAACCUCAGUCUCAGCCUCAGCCUCAGCAUCAGACAAAAUCCCAAGCAAAAGCGCCAAAGAAGAAUAACAAGCGCGCCUUAGACUCCACUACUGGUGGUACUAUCACAGACACUGCACAGGCCGACACAGAACCUCCGGCAAAGAAGAAAAAAGAGACAAAAGCAGAGACUCAGAGGAAGAUAGAUAUCCCUGUUGAUUCUGGUUUCUCAAAUAGACAGAACUAUCAUGUUUACGUUGAUCCGGACGGUCUUAUAUACGACGCAGCGCUGAAUCAGACAAACCGCAUGAACAACAACAACAAGUUCUACUUUAUUCAGAUCCUUGAGCCAAACGAUAUGAGUGGCCAAUAUACGACAUGGAUGCGCUGGGGAAGAGUGGGAGAGUUUGGUCAGUCGUCUUUUUACAAAGACCAGAGCUUGGAAGCAGCCAUAUCGACCUUUGGGAAAAAGUUCAAAGAUAAGUCCGGCCUUUCUUGGAAAAAUAGAUUCGAUAGCCCAAAGGCUGGUAAAUACAUGUUCCUUGAGCGUGAUUAUGAGGUCGAGUCCGAGGAUGAGAAAGAGGAAAAGGUUAAGAAGGAAGACGAAGAAGAGGAAGAGGUCGAAGUGAAGAUGGCAGAGUGCACGUUGUCAGAGCCGAUACAGCACGUUGUCUCCCUUAUCUUCAAUCAGUCGUAUUGGGCGAACGCUAUGGCUACCUUGGAUUACGAUGCCAACAAACUCCCUCUUGGAAAACUCAGCAAACGGACGCUCCAAAAGGGAUUCGAGCUCCUGAAGGACCUGUCAGAUAUGGUGAAUAACGGACAGUUUCAUGGAACGGCGCUCGAAAUCAUCAAUAACCAGUACUUUACCGUCAUACCGCACGCUCUUGGCCGCGGCCGUAUUCCAUUAAUCAACAACGAGCGGAUGAUCAAAAAGGAGAUUGCACUUCUUGAGGCAUUGACAGAUAUGGAGAUUGCAAACGAAAUCCUGAAAGGCUCGAAGAAGAGCGACGCGGCCGACCCUAUUCAUCCGCUUGAUCAACAAUUUGCUGGGUUGGGCCUGCAGGAAAUGACACCUUUGGAUCCUGAGGGAACAGAAUACAGACAGCUCGAGGAUUAUCUGAUUAAGACACACGGUGAUACUCACUACAUUAAGUACAACCUAAAAUACAUUUUCCGGAUUGAACGCAAGGACGAGAAUGAUCGUUUCCUGAAUUCACCCUAUGCUAAUAUCAAAAACAGCAAUCGGCGGCUCUUGUGGCAUGGCUCACGUACAACCAACUAUGGUGGUAUCUUGAGCCAAGGGCUGCGCAUUGCUCCUCCGGAGGCGCCGGUCACAGGCUAUAUGUUCGGCAAAGGCGUUUACUUUGCAGAUAUUUCCAGUAAAUCGGCCAACUACUGCUGCCAUCACAACAGUGGCAAUACAGGUCUCCUACUUCUCUGUGACGUGGAACUUGGUGAUCCGAUGUUGGAACUGACACACUCCGAUUACCACGCGGGCGACCGUGCAAAGGAUGAAAAUAAAUUGGCAACACUAGGCAUGGGUCGCACUGUUCCAUAUGGCUGGAGAGAUGCUGGUUCCGUGCAUGAGGACCUUGCUGGAGUGCUGAUGCCAGAUACGACGGAAGCUCCUCGCUCAUGCGAUGAUGGUCAGAAUCGGAGUUUGUAUUACAACGAGUACAUUGUUUAUGAUGUGGCUCAGAUCAGGAUUAAGUAUUUAUUUUGCGUUGGUAUGUCGUGAUUGGAAAGUCAUUAGAAUUAUUUUCAACCCCGACUCUUGGAUCCGCUAUUAAGCAUGGAGCUGGUGUCUCAACUUUGUUUCUGGUGUUAGUUAAAUUUGAUGCGUUUCAAAAUA